AUGCAUCCACGAACGAACGACCUUGCAAAUAGCUUUUCAGCAGCUGUUGCUUCUAAAGCGCUUACUCUAAAACAAGCAUGUUUAAUAGCUGUUGUUACUGAAUUCUCUGGGGCCUUUUUUUUAGGAGUAAACACCGCAGAAACUCUUCGUAAUAAUGUUAUAAAUAUUGAUCAUUUUAAAGAUAGACCUGAUUUAUUAAUGCUUGGAAUGGCAUGUGCGUUAUUGGGAUCGUCAAUUUGGCUUUUAUUUGCCUCAAGCAAAGGAUUACCUGUGUCUACAACACAUUCAAUAGUUGGAGCAAUUCUUGGAGUUGGAAUAGCUGCAUAUGGUCCCGGAAUAGUAACGUGGAGUUAUGAUGGCGGCGUAUUGAAAAUAAUUACAUCAUGGAUUAUUUCGCCUUUUAUUGCCGGUGCAGCUGGAGCAUUGAUUUUUUUUAUAACUCAAUAUUUCAUAUUAGAAGCAGAUGAAAAUUCGUUUGAAAGAGGUCUAGUUGCCGUUCCAAUAUAUUUUGGAAUAACAAUGGGAAUCAAUAUACUUUUUUUGGAAAUUGCACCAGUUGUUAUUGGUCUAUCGUUAAUUUUAGCAGCAUUCUCCUAUUUUUUCUUUGCUCAAUGGAUAAGACGUAAAGUAAUCGACGGCGAAGAUUUGAAAAUACGUCAUAUAUUUAUUGUACCUUUUAUGAACCCACGUUUCAAUUCCAAUCAUGCUCUUUCGGGAGUGUUUGAUACAUGCAACUCAAAUGAUAGUUCCUCGAAGAAUUCCGUUCGUAUUCAUGGCCAGGAGUUUGAAAUAACGACGACUCAACAAGGCAUCAAAUUAGAAAUACAAGGGAACAAAUCAAUGAUACGAAUUUUUUUUGAUAGAAUAAUAAAGAUUUUAACAUAUAGUUUAAAUAAGGAUGUGGCAACGUACAGGAAAGAAGCACGUCAAGACUUGUAUGAUGUUGCUCGCAAAUAUGAUAAGAGCACCGAAUCGUUAUAUACUUUCUUACAAGUUUUGACUUCGGCGCUUGCUUCAUUUGUACAUGGUUCUAAUGACGUAGCCAAUGCAGUUGGGCCACUAGCAACAGUAAUUUCAAUAUACCAACACGGAUCAUUAGGCGAUUAUGGUCAGAUACCAGUAUGGGUGUUAGCAUUAGGUGGAGCUGCAAUUGAUAUGGGUUUAGUGUUUUAUGGGUAUAAUGUAAUGAGAAGUUUGGGUAAUCAGAUUACCUAUCACUCUCCAAGUAGAGGAUUCUCAAUGGAAUUAGGCACUUCGUUAACAGUAUUAAUGGCCUCCCGAUUAGGCUUACCGAUAUCAACUACACAAUGUAUUACGGGCGCUACAAUAGGCGUAGGGUUGUGUAAUGGCACCCUUAAAGCCAUCAAUUGGAAAAUAGUUUUAUGGA